AGGAAUUUUAAAGGAGCCUUGAGAGGCGGAAAAAGGUUCGAGUCUGAUGUCCUAUGCUUUCUUCUACGUUAUCCGUUGCUGCCCUCUCUUCCUUCCGCCAUGGAACCGAAGCUUCCGCCAUCAAUCCCCUACCUUUCCAAAACCCGCGCCAUAGGGCGUUCUUCCCGUCCCUCCCGCUUCCCCGCCGGAUCUUCCUGCCGACGGCUUCCGCCUCCAUCUGGGACGCCUUGACGGGUGGCGGCGGCGCUGCGCGCGAUGCCUCCCUCGCCGUCCGCCGCGGCAUGCUGCUCUUCAGGCAGGGGGACGUCAGUGGAUCUUUGGCCGAGUUCGAUCGAGCCGUUGAGUUGGACCCGCGGCAGAAGGCAUAUCUUUGGCAGCGUGGAUUGUCUCUCUAUUACCUGAAUAGGUUUGAGGAAGGCGCAGAGCAAUUCAGGUUGGAUGUUGCGAAGAAUCCAAAUGACACUGAAGAAUCUAUAUGGUGCUUUCUUUGUGAAGCUCAGCUUUACGGGGUGGAGGAUGCUAGGAGUAGGUUCUUAGAGGUAGGUCAAGAUUCACGGCCUGUCAUGCGUGAAGCCUAUAGUAUGUUUAAAGAUGGUGGGGACCCUAAGAAGCUAGUUGAAAUCUUUGCCAACGGUCGAGCAGAUGAAUAUUUCUAUGCUUCUCUAUAUGCUGGUCUUUAUUAUGAAUCUCAGAAUGAUAUGGAUGCGGCAAAGCUUCAAAUUGUUGCAGCAUGCCAGUGCCCAUAUGGAUCAAGAUCGGAUGACUAUAUGGCAGCCCUCGCUAAGGUUCACUGCCUUUGCCGAGACUGGAGCAUCAGCUGAGAGAUUCCUCUUCUAAUCUUCUUUGACAUCAUUAUGAGUGGAGGAUGCAUGCAGUAAUACACACCCUGCGGCGGAACGCCCAACGGUGGCUGCCGGGAAGCGUAUUUUAGAUCGAUGACGGGCUGAAUCUUUGCAGACGACUUCAAAUAUACGAUGCGACGCAGCAUCGUAAGUGGCAGAAUAGUUUUUCUAUCACGGAAUUUAUUUUUGCAUAGGAAAGAUAUCAAAGUUAAGCAGGAAAUGCUAUGCAUGGAAGCUACAUGGAAAGUUAUACUUUCCCACAAUACUAGUCUUGGCUAUUCUUCUAGUGUAUAUACAAUGGUAAAAUUUAAAGGACAAAUACUUCCUUUUUUUCCCUAUAAAGCCAAAGAAUAUAAAUCAAA